UUUCUAGAAAGAAUCGAGCACGUCAGACAAAAUGACUACACACCGACAGAUCAGGACUUAUUAAGAUGCAGAGUUUUGACAUCAGGGAUUUUUGAAACGCGAUUUCAAGUAGACAAAGUUAAUUUCCAUAUGUUUGAUGUAGGAGGGCAAAGAGAUGAGAGAAGAAAGUGGAUCCAAUGUUUUAAUGAUGUCACAGCUAUCAUUUUUGUAGUUGCCAGUAGCAGCUACAAUAUGGUCAUACGGGAAGACAAUAACACAAACAGACUACGAGAAGCACUGGACCUGUUCAAAAGUAUCUGGAACAACAGGUGGUUACGAACUAUUUCUGUAAUUUUGUUCUUGAACAAACAAGACAUGUUGGCUGAAAAAGUCUUGGCAGGAAAAUCAAAAAUAGAAGAUUACUUCCCAGAAUAUGUGCGCUACACUGUACCUGAUGAUGCGAUACCAGACGCAGGAGAGGAUCCCAAAGUGACCAGAGCUAAGUUCUUCAUCCGAGAUGAAUUUUUACGGAUAAGUACAGCAAGUGGAGAUGGAAGACAUUACUGCUAUCCUCAUUUUACUUGUGCCGUAGACACUGAGAACAUUCGCAGAGUUUUCAAUGACUGUCGAGAUAUCAUCCAGAGAAUGCACCUCCGCCAAUAUGAACUCUUGUAA